CGAGCGCCGCCGCGCUCGAAAUUCCAAGCGCACCCCCUACCUGCCCGCGGAAAUGCCCGGCAGCCAGACUAUGCUGCGAGCCUCGCGCUCGAACCGACCUUAUGAUGUACCGCAAAUUGAGUGUCCGCCGGCGGCGGAUGGUAUGGAGCGGUUCGCCUGCCCGACGCCCGACCGACAGGGCCGCUACCGCUGCAUCGACGACCACGUGCUGUGCGACGGCUUCAUUGACUGCCCCAAUGGCGAGGACGAGGACCGUCAGGCCUGCAUGUUUUAUAAAACGACAAAAGCUCAUCUAGACGUGUUGGCAGAUGCGCUCCUGCGAUGGGCGCGCGGCCGCUAAACAAUCCAUCCCUCCGACAACAUUCCCUAGUGUUACCGAACCGACAGUACUGCACGAACCCAAACAGACUGACAUAAAUACAAUCAACCGACAUGUGCGAGAGUUCAGUGGAAGCUGCGAAUACACAAGAUAACAUUCGGGCGCAACCAGACGUGGGACUUGAUGCCUUCAAUAAAAAACAUAUCAGAAGUGGUGCAGUCUAUGCCAAAACAUGAGCACUCAAAGUGUGUAAGAAAUCAGACUGCGAACAGAAAGGGUGACUUCGUACGCCUGAGGUUUGAUGAGCACACUAAGUAAUUCUGGUUCGUCCCAAUAUCCUAUCUACGUGCAGCUUAUUUAUUUCCC